AUGGGGGAAGUAGACGAGAAAAUGGUCAGAGGAAGGAGAGAAGAGGAGAAGGAGGAAGAAAUAGGGUGGAAGGAGAUAAAGGAGAUUAUGAAGAAGUUGAAAGAUGGGAAAGCUAUGAGGUUAGAUGAAAUACUGUACGAUAUAUGGAAAUAUGGAGGGGAAGAGGUGGAGAAAUGUGCAUGUGAUCCAGAAGCAUAUGAUCCAGAAUCAUCCGAAGGCAAUGAGGAUGAAGAAAUAGGUGUACAGUCGACCAAUGAACAUAUAAAAGUCAUCAACAUUGAUGACUCUGAGGAGGAGGAUGAGGAGGACAACAUCGCCGACAGUGAAAAGGAUGAAGAAAUAGGCGUACAGUCGGCCAAUGGACAUAUAGAAUUCAUCAAUAUUGAUGACUCUGAAGAGGAAGAUGAGGACAACAUCGCCGCUAAUGAAAAUGAUGAAGAAAUAGGCGUACAGUCGGCCAAUGAGGAAGAUGAGGACAACAUCGCCGCUAAUGAAAAUGAUGAAGAAAUAGGCGUACAGUCGGCCAAUGAACAUAUAGAAGUCAUCAAUAUUAAUGACUCUGAGGAGGAGGACAAUAUCAUCGACAGCGAAAAUGAUGAUACAAUAAAUUAA